AUGCACAAAGAAAAUGAAGAAGCAGAAGGAAAACCGCACAAGCCGAAGCCGAAACAGAACCGCAGGGCUGAGCGCCGAACACCCACCGUCACAGAAGACAAAUGCCGAAGCGCACAAAUCAAUCAAGUCAUCGUUAAGAAUAUGCAAAAGGUAGUCGAUACCAGCACAAUGAAAUGCCAACAUAUGGAGGAAUUCGAAGUUCCCUGGUCGCAGUGUCACGAGGGCCUUGGGAUCGUCAUGAAGGACAACGACAGUGCCGACACAGGGCUAGCAUAA